CCCUGUUACUCUCUCUUCGUUCUGCAGUUGGUGAAAAGACCUACGCGAACUCGAUGCAUGCGCAAAGGGAACAUGGCUCAUGAACAGGAUGCUUCUCUUCCUUCUGUCCUCUCAUCCGACCAAGGUGCUUCCGCUCCUUCCCCUCUUCCAUUGGCUACUGUUCCUGCUCCAUCCCCUGCACGAUUUAUCCGACACCCUCCGCGUAGUGGUACCUCCAAACCAGUACUCUCUGAUCCUUAUGCUUCUGCCACGACAAAUUUUACGACAAUAACGAAGAAUAAUCAUUAUGAAUUAACGACCUUGGAUAUAACAGAUUCAAUACCCCGUAGCGACACUUUGGUCUCCAACGGUUCUGAGGAUGCUGGUGAUGGGGCUGAGAAUUCGGAGUCUCAGAGCUUGCUGCUGCUUGAAAAGCAUUCCCUUUCCCAUUCUAUCAGCCCCAAGCCUUCCAUAUCUUCCACAUCAACACUCGUAGGCUCAUCGUCCCACAACCCUGUCCCCGCCACACAGGUAUUUGCUAGGAAUGCUCUACCCUUGCAUCUUCCCAAACUAGAUGCUUACCUUGCUUCGUUACCAAAACCUCCGUUCUCUGGCGAGAAAACGUCUUCAAAACCUCUUAUGUUCCCCCCAAUGGAUAAACUAGCAAAUUCAAACCAGUCAUUGGAGGAUAUGGAGAUGAAUUCUAAGAUACCACCGUUUUGGCGGAAUAGGAAAACAUCGCUCGGUGCCGCAGUCAGCCUUUUUAUGGGUCUGACUGGAUCUAGCGCUAUUGCUACUUACUACAGUCUCCAGGGAGUUGUUAACACUGUUCAGGUGUUUGCACUCAUACUGAGCACUUUCGUACCUGUGACGGGCGAGGAUCUAGCAAAUGAAUGGAGGACGCUUUUCCUCGGUACUAUUCCCAAUGUCCUUGCUCUGAAUUUCGCGUCCACUUUGACGCAGUCGCUCAUAUUCUUGGUCAUCUUUAUGAUCAUCGCAAGCGGGUUGCUCUAUUACUUUCAACAGCGCGCGCGCCAUUGCGACCGCUAUAAUCGACUGGAAGGUUUGCAGAAGCGAAGUAAAGGAAAGCAUUGGAGAACCGUUGUUGUAACUUUCCUCCUCACGGUGAUUUACCUGCCAAUGAGUAUCAUGGCGAUACAUGUUCUAGUAUGGUCCGACGAUCUCUGGGUGGUCCCAAAUCCUUAUGUCAACGCUACUUCUUUCCCACCUGUCGUAGCUCCCCUUGGGCCUACAAGUGAAUAUCGCGAUCCUUUGGAUUUCUGCUGGACUACAACGAUGAAGAAAGAUGAAAUCAAUUAUGCUCCUGUACUGAUCAUCCUUUCCGCAAUAGUUGUGGGCAUGUUAUCGAUAACCUUUCCGAUAAUGUUGCGACGCGUCAUCAAGCACUCCGUUCCCCGUGUCGAUCGAUUCACUGAGUUAGGUCGCCCGCGGACAAAGGCGGACAUGGACGUGGAAUACCAUCGCGUCCUCUCCCGAGAUCAGAACCCAUUCGUCUUCUUAUACUCAGGUUUUCGUAGGGGCUGGGGAACCUACGAGUCCACCUACCUAUUCGCGAAACUAAGCACGCUAGUCAUAGUUGCGGUCAUCGAUCCUGAUAAUUGUCUAUUCCGCUCUGCCUCUCGCACCGUGACACCCAUUGUACGCCAAGUGUUGCUACUUGUCUGCACCUUUGGAUUCUUCCUCGCACAAUGUUUCCUCGGUCCUUUCCUUGACCCCACCAACAACGCCGGCGAGUGGGUAUCACGUAUGAACUAUUUGUCAACCUCCCUAGUUGCCUUAUUAGUCGCCUUGGAUGUUCCCGGAACUGACAUCCUCAACAGCUAUGUGCUUUAUGUUAUAUAUAUAGUAACUUAUGGUUUAACAUUUUAUUUCACUAUAAUAAAUCUAUCCCCAAUACGGCGUUUCGUGAAACGAAUUACUCGGCGUAUCGAUUUUAGCAUCGAUGUUUUCUCCCCGCGCCUCGCUAUAUCGUACCUAUCUCCACACGUAAAACGAAGAAUCUGGCAAGAAUCUAUCACUACCCUUAUCCUCACAAGUCCAGAAUGCAAGAUUCCCUCGAAACAGACCAUGACAUUUGCGCAAGCCCUCGAUUUCGAAUUUCCUCCGUAUCUAUUAGGUUUCGCUGGUUCGCCUGGUGAGAGACAUGUGGAAAAUUUGAAGAUCCUCCGCGAAAUCGGUUCACUCGAAUAUCGUAAAGCUGCUACUCUAAUUUCAGGUCCUGAUUUUGCACGAUACAGGCGUGUCGAGGCAGAAAUCCAGAAUCAUUUUAUCGGGCCCGAUUCUUAUUGGAAAGAUCCCGACGAUACGGUAGUUCCAGGAUGUUCGGGCUCUUUUGGCAACGCUUGGUUUAUUCCAUUUCCACCGACCGUGGUUAUGCGCUACGAUAACGGUAAACUAGUCGUUCUCCGAAAUCUCAGGAAAUUGGAGGAAUAUGUUGCUCAAAAUUCCUCCCGUCAAAUUCAGCGGAAACGUGAGGUUCGGAUGGCUCUGAGGGCUCUUGAAGGGCAGACGGUACGGUGGCCUUAUAACCAUAUCUCUUCCAUCGGGGCCCAAUACCUUUGUUGCUGUUUCAGACAAAGAUACAAUGCCGACAUGUCUGUUCAUUAUGAUACUUGUGUCCUUCGAAUCAAACGCAACGGAUAUCUCACCUGGGACAAAACUCAACUGGGAAGCGGAUUUCAAGUACAGUUAAAUUACGACAGGAAGGUUGUUUUAGAUGGCGAUCUGAUUGGAUUAACUGAAGAUUUUGAGCUGACUCCUCCACUUGCUCACUUCUUGGCGUUGAACGAAGACGUGAUCUUCUCAAGAUUGGGAAAGCUGGAAGCUCUCAUUUCCUCUUAUCGACGGCAUCACCAAGUAGAAUGUCGCCGCAAAACGCAAGUCUUGAGCUACCAAUUCUUACCAAAUGUAUAUGACCACCCUCGUUCUACGACAAGGCUAGCACGAAGCGCUUUCGAGUUCGAACGCGACCUUCGAGUCCGACAGCUCCUGGUAGGCAGUGACGAGAUAUUCGAAACUGCUUAUGCUCGGUUAUCCGCUGUGUCCACUACAGAGACUGCUACCUGGUGGUACAUAUUCUGGGAUGAUCUAUGGCGAAGGAAUCACGGUACAAUCUCUAACCUCCAGUUACACGAGGUUGAUUUCAAUCCAUAUUACCCAACAUCGAUCGCGUAUACUCCCUUGUCUCGCCCCAUUUUGGAGUCGUUUUUGAUACAGCGUGGUUUGCUGUCUACGCCCUCCAAACGAGGGGAUUUCUUCUAUUGUGGAUUUUUGAAUAAGUUAUACCUUCGCUUGAAUGAAACGGCCUUCCGUGGAUCCAGUAAAGUUAUUCUAUUUCACCUUGGGGACGACAAAUCUGAACUUGAUAUGGAUGGCGUCGAUCUUGAAAUACAAUUGGAAGGUUUAUCUUCCAUGCUGGGGACUGGUGGUGGAACGGAUCAUGAUGAUUCUUCUAUCAUUGUGCGCCCGGAAUACAAAUGGGAAGGUGUUUUGACGGAUACCCUCCAGCACCAUCGAUGGCGAAGGAAGAAUUUCUUCUCUAAACUCGGAGCUUGGUUCGGUAUCACCCCUCUGUGGAGGGCUGGUGCAAUUUCCCCCGGUGUCGCAAUUGACGUUCGGUUGCAGAAUGGACGGUAUAUCUUACUUGACGAUGUACAUUCUUAAAUUUGUAGUAUUUGGUAGAAUCAUACAUACAAAAUCAAUCUCAAUUAGGUUAGGGUUUUGCCCU